UAAAUACUUAAAAUCGGGAUAUGAAAUUGGGCUGAGGAAAAAACGCUUCGUUUGGUUGCAUCAAUCGGCGAUGGAAUCCCCAAAACCCUAUGGGCCCCCAAACCCUCUCCCCUCUCUCUCCUCCUUCCUCCACCAGCAAUGCCACCGGCUCGGCUCCGAGCUCUCCGCUCGGCUCGAAGACACCAAGCGGCUCGCCGGAAGCCUCGCCGUGAACUUCUCACCGCCAGUGCCGGCCUGGCCCCGUGCCCCCUCCGCCGCUGCCCCGCCGUUCGCGUCUGUGGCGCAGGCUAAGAGCUCUUCCUCUUCCUCCUCCUCCUCCUCCUCGUCCGCCGUCGGCUCCGGUCACGUCGCGAAGACCCUAGCCGGCACGGCGGUUUACACGGUGAGCAACUCGAACAACGAGUUCGUGCUCAUCUCCGAUCCCGAUGGCGCCAAGUCGAUAGGUCUGCUCUGCUUUCGGCAGGAGGAUGCGGAGUCAUUUCUAGCUCAGGUUCGGCUGCGGAGAAGGGAGCUGAAAGGUCAAGCUCGGGUUGUUCCCAUCACACUUGACCAGGUAUACAUGCUGAAGGUAGAAGGGAUUGCCUUCCGUUUUUUGCCUGAUCCAGUUCAGAUAAAGAAUGCACUUGAGUUGAAAGCAUCUGACACCAAGAGUGGCUUUGAUGGAGUUCCUGUUUUUCAGUCUGACCUUUUGGUUGUGAAGAAAAAGAACAGGCGCUACUGCCCAAUAUAUUUUCGAAAGGAAGAUAUCGAGAAAGAACUUUCAAUGGUCUCGAGGGCGUCGAGAGGACCAGGAGUUUCACAGCAUAUCAUGGUUGGAAGUCUGGAAGAUGUUUUGAAGAAAAUGGAGAUGAGUGAGAAGAACUCGGGGUGGGAAGAUCUGAUCUUUAUCCCACCGGGGAAGAGCCACUCUCAGCACAUCCAAGAAGUGGGGAAAUCAUGAAAUAUGGUCCAAGCUGAUUUUACUGACUGGUCCUCCAAAAGGACUCCAGAGCCUGUUUUUACUAGCAAAUAAGGAGAUGCUCGAAGAUGCUGCAGAUAUAUUGGUGUGGUGAAGGUGAGAUUGACAUGACGAGGAGGAUCCCGAGUUAGAGUGGUCACUGAGUCUACAUUUUUAUGGUUAUAGAAACUAUUUACAUUUACAUGUACUGAGGUAUAUGUUAGCAAAGAAGAGAAGGAAAAAAUGUACUCAAACAAUGCAGCUUUGAUUUGUUGUAAGAACUUGUUGCUCAAUUCAAUUGCUCGGAUUUCUAGCUCUUUGAAAGAGCGGAUCAAGUGGUUUCAGGAAGGCUUACUACAAUCGUGAUGUUCUUACU